AACACUGACAAGGAGAGAGUGGGAGUGGGCUGAUGAUGAACCCAAGGAAGUCACGCUGUCGCUGUUCACAGUGGCGCGCGCGAGCCUGCGCGUGUGCUCAGUUACUUUCCUGCGCGAGUCUGAACAACAGUUAAGAGCGCGAGCACACAGAAACGCUACAUGCUUUAAGACCAAACGACCUGACGGACACAUGCAGGAGCAGCAUGGGAAGAUCACACCUGUCUGUCAGGAGGAGAAUACGAGGGUAUAAAGUCAUCCUGUUGUGCUUACUGGGGAUUUGUGUCAUUUCCUUCCUCCAAUACUACAAAGCCCUGCACAAUAUUUCGCUGCUAAAGGAGCUCUUGUCUUCCUUCACCCAUCUAAAAAUGUUAAAGAUGUUCGGUGAUAUGUUCUGGAAUUUUCCGGCUGCUGAUUUCCACUCCCCGCAUAACUUUCAUAAACACAGCCACCCAAAGGGCAAUGUUGACUCAAAUGUGAUCCUGCCAGAUCCUCCAGAUGGGAAACUUCAUGACCGUACCUUUGUACUCCAUGAUGAUCCCACACCCUAUUUCAUCCACACCAAAUCUGGAGCAGUGUGCUUCAGAGAGGGGACGAAAGUGGCCGCCUUCGCAUCUCGCCGCAGGUUACAGCAACAUCACAGAAAAAUCAACCCCAAAGUUAAACCAAUCAGUGGAGACGAUAUGGUGGGUCAGUGUCCCUGCCGGCAGGGUUGGCACGGCCCUCACUGUGGCAUCCCUACCAUUGUGUAUCAUUCCAAUCUCCCAUCCAAGUCAAAAGUAACACCCAGAAAAGUUCCACGUCGGGUCAUCAAUGCCAUCAACAUCAACCACGAGUUUGACCUACUACAUGCUCGAUUCCACGAACUUGGGGAUGUUGUGGAUGUGUUUUUGGUCUGUGAAUCCAAUUUCACGGCGUACGGUGACUCAAGACCUCUUGUCUUCCGCCAGCAGAUCCUAAAGGGAAUGUUUGACUAUAUAAAGCACAAAAUCCUGUACAUCUUCCUGGACCAUUUUCCUGAUGGCGGCAAUGCAGAUGGCUGGAUCGCGGAUGAUUACCUACGCACUUAUUUGACCAAAAAUGGAAUGUCGAGGCUUGAGGGCCUCAAAGAGGAUGAUGUUUUCAUCAUCGAUGAUGCGGAUGAAAUUCCUGCUCGAGAUGGAAUCCUUUUCCUCAAACUCUACAAUGGCUGGACGGAACCGGUUGGGAUCCACAUGCGCAAAUCCCUAUAUGGAUUCUACUGGAGGCAGUUUGGAACGCUAAACGUUUUAUCUGCUUGCACGGCAGCUAUGCUCUUUAAGGUUUACAACGGUGAUGGGAUUCUUCUUCGACGGCGUUCGUAUUAUUCCAUGUCGGGAUUCCGGGAAUACGAAAACUCCACGGGACGCAUUCUGGUACCAUGGGCCAUCGGAAGCCCCGUUCACUACGCUGGAUGGCACUGUUCCUGGUGUUUUAAACCAGAAGGAAUUUAUUACAAACUCAUAUCGGCCCAAAAUGGAGACUUCCCACGUUGGGGCGAUUACAGCGAGAAACGGAACAUAAGUUAUAUUAAAGACUUAGUACGGACAGGGGGUUGGUUUGAUGGGUCUAUACCAGACUAUCCACCAUCAGACCCCAAAGAGCAUAUGUUUGCUCCCAAAUACCUGCUGGACAACUAUGAAAAAUAUCGCUACUUGCUGGAGAACCCAUACACAAAAGAGAAACAUUAAGAGAAAUGGGUCUGUUUCAAAUGGGUAGCUUAAAGGUGCACUAAGCGAUUUUUGCCCAACAAUGUUGAUAUUUGAAAGCACCAAAACAAAUGCGCCCAUACCCCAACAGGACCACACCCCUAUUUUGAUAACUCCGCCCCACACAAACACUGGCACCGAUGAUGGCGGAAUCUGUGAGAUCCUGGUCCUCACUGCAGAACACAAGUCCAGGGGGCGUGGAUGGAUGCAGAUCCCACCUGACAUAUACCUAAACCUACCCGUCUCCACCCCCUAAUCCAGGGGUCUCCAACCCUGCUUCUGGAGAGCUACUGUCCUGCAGAUUUCAGCUCCAACCCCAACCAAACACACCUGAAGCAGCUAAUCAAGGUGUUCAGGGCUACUUGAUAAUUACAGACAGGUGUGUUGGAGCAGGGUUAGAACUGAAGUCUGCAGGAUGGUAGAUCUCCAGGAGCAGGGUUGGAGAUCCCUGCCCUAAUCCCUAAACCCAACCAUCUCCACCUGUAGAUGUGGAUAAAACCAUGUCCCCUGGAUCUUGUGUUCUGCAGUGAGGGGCUACUGGAAUCUGCUAUGCCUCCCCGCUGCAGCAUAUUCAAGCAAAAGCCAACACAGAGAAGUUGUGUGAAAAAGCAGAAUCAACAUAACUCGCCUAUUAAAAAGAAACAAAGCAACCUUGGCGUCUGAUUCCCUUCCGCUCAUUGAGUUCUCUCCACCACUGUUUUCCCUAUCAUUACUAGACACGCCCCUUACUGCUGAUUGGCUGCGAGUUUGUUAUGGGACACAGUGGUCAAAAUAGUUUUCAAAAAUCGCUUAGUGUAUGUAGGAUUGACACAGAGUGGUUGAACUAGGUAUUGCAGUCCAAAUUCAAAAUAUUGGAGAGGUUUUUUUUUUCACCCGCCCCCUCCUCCUCAGACUUGACAGGUUGCCAGAUUGAUGACACAAACAGGAACUAGUGCACUUGGCUAUGAAUGAAAUGAAAUACGUUGUGUUUUCCGCCAACUGGACGGAUUUCAUAAAACAAAACAAAGAUCGGCAUUCCGGCCCGUAACACACAUUUUCAAGCAUUGAAGCAUUAGCAUUGUUUUUCAGUAGGGCUGUGCAAAAAAUUGAAUACGAUUUUCAUGCGCAUCUCAUCAGUAAAGACGCUCCUGUAAUUAGUAGUAUAUCUCCAGCAUGUGCGUUCAG